AGUAAGUGCAACAGAGGUGAUGGACUAAUCCAGUUAGAGUGACAAGGAACAUACACACUCCUUCUUUGGGCUGAGAAGAGCAAGCAGACCAUGCAGUUGGACUUUCACUGCCUUCAAAACCCCACACGCACUGAGGAACCCACAUCCAUUUCUCUUAACAGAAAUAUCUACUGAUCUUCUUAGUUCUUCAAAGCCUAAGGACUUUACAAAUUAUGACCACUUCUCUUAAAAUCUUUAAAAUAUUAUAACAUUUUCUAGAAAACGUAAGAAUUUCUACUAACACCUCAGAUCUAAGGGAUACUUCUGGCUUAUUUUUGUUUAUUUUUACUGAAGGUCACAUUUGUGUUUAAUUCUAAGUACUUUUACCUUUUUUAUUUAUUUAUUUUCCUUAAGAAUAUGGCUUGGAGUGACUGGUACUUGUCUAAGUCCUGGGCAAUGUUUCACAGGCUCUGCAUCCCCACACAGACAGAGAUGUUUAAUUGAGGGCUUUAAGAGUGAAGACCUUUCCUCUGGCACAGAGGACACAGUAACAAAAAGAGACAGUGGGGGAUUACGACAGAGAGAUAGUGGGAAGAGCAAAGAGGGAAACCCCACCGAGAAAUCUCUCCAAACUGUGAUGACUCUUUUUACAGGAGCACUUUACACAGAUUCUCCAGGACACUGACUGAUUUGAAGAGGGUGCCGUGCAAUAAACUGGAAUAAUCUGGCCUUUGAGGUAAAUGUGGUCAUGGAUCAUCUUGUAUGGUUGAUGUUGCUCCUGGUAAGUGGACUGUUCCCUGAAAUGGAGGCGAGCACUGAGUUUGACAGCAGUGAUGAAGGUCCAGAGGUUGAAUUCCUGUCAACCUCUCGCACACGGCGGGCCCCUGAGCCUCCUCCACAAGACAAGUGUUCCUACACCUUCAUUGUACCCCAAAAGAAGGUUACUGGAGCCAUCUGUGUGAACUCCAAGGAGCCUGAGGCUGUGCUGGAGAACCGUGUCAAUAAGCAGGAGCUGGAACUUCUCAAUUCUGAGCUCUUCAAGCAAAAAAGACAGAUAGAGACUCUACAGCAGCUAGUAGAAGUCGAUGGUGGCAUUGUCAAUGAGGUGAAGCUUUUGCGCAAGGAGUCCCGUAAUAUGAAUUCCAGAGUGACACAGCUGUACAUGCAGCUGCUGCAUGAGAUCAUCCGUAAGAGGGACAAUGCAUUGGAGCUGUCGCAACUGGAGAAUAAGAUUCUUAACCAGACCUCUGAGAUGCUGCAGCUCACGAACCGCUAUAAAGAUCUGGAAUAUAAGUAUCAGCACCUUGCCUCACUGGCCAAUAACCAGUCAGCACUCAUUGCCUUGCUUGAGGCGGAGUGUCAAAGGGGACCAAAAGUUAUAGCCUCAAGGGUACCAGUCCAACCUCAGCCUCAACCAAGACCCUCAUCACCCAUCAAUAAGCCCGUCCAACCACAGACCUAUAGCCGCAACAACCAGAUGACCAACGAGAUCCAGAGCGAUCAGAACCUUAAAGUGCCACCUGCUCCACCUCCCACCAUGCCAGGUGGAACUCACAGCCCGUCUACAACAAACAAACCUUCAGGUCCCUGGAAGGAUUGUUUGCAGGCUCUGGAGGAUGGCCACACUAACAGCGGCAUGCACCUUGUGAAGCCUGAGUACACCAACAAGCUGAUGCAGGUGUGGUGUGAUCAAAGACAGGACCCUGGCGGCUGGACGGUCAUCCAGAGAAGAAUAGACGGCUCUGUCAACUUUUUUAGAAACUGGGAGACAUAUAAGCAAGGUUUUGGAAACAUAGAUGGAGAAUAUUGGCUGGGUCUGGAAAACAUGUAUUGGCUAACCAACCAGGGGACCUAUAAACUGCUGGUCACCUUGGAGGACUGGUCUGGUCGCAAGACGUUUGCAGAGUAUGCCAGUUUCCGCCUGGAGCCUGAGACAGAUUUUUAUAGGCUGAGAGUGGGCCAUUACCAUGGCAAUGCCGGUGACUCUCUAACUUGGCACAACGGGAAGCAGUUCACCACUCUAGACCGCGACCAUGACGUGUACACAGGCAAUUGUGCCCACUACCAAAAGGGAGGCUGGUGGUACAAUGCCUGUGCCCACUCAAAUCUGAACGGUGUGUGGUACAGGGGAGGGAACUACCGCAGCCGGUAUCAGGAUGGAGUGUACUGGGCUGAAUUCAGAGGAGGCGCCUACUCCCUCAAGAAGGUUGUUAUGAUGAUACGACCCAACCCCAAUUCCUUCCACUAAGCAGCACAUAAAACAGGGAAUUAACUUAAUAUUAUACCACAUGACCCCUUUCCACUUUAUAAAGUGCAAUUCAUUUAGACUGUGUUUUUAAAAUGGUUUUGCUUCCUAAAUGCUAGAUAAUAUACUGUAUGUGGCUAAAGGACAAGAAUUGUUAUGGUUGACAUAACUGAAACUGCAUGGGACAAAGAAACCCGAAGGGAUGCCUUGGAACUCACUUCUAUAAACAGAAAUGGGGUGUUCCAUGGUUUGACCUGUUUCCCUUGUUUUAAUAUUUUUUUUUCAGAAGUCAUUUGAACAAAAAAAUAUAAUGAAUAUAUAGUGUUUGAUCACUAAAUAUUCAGUUGUCAGUUGUCUUGACUAGAUUUACAUUAUCUUGUUAAAUAGGCCAUGAAAUUGUGUAGAUAAAUAUUAUCAGUACUCAUUCAAUGUUACAAAUAAGACACAGGACACAGGAGUUUAUUCAAAAGUAAGAGAAUAUACAAUAUGUUUCCUCAAGAUAUCAUUUAUUUCAGGGAUAUCAUUUUUGAAUAUUUAAAUAAAUGUAAUAGGUGAAUGAAAACAGAGAAACAUUUCAUUUAUUAGUCCAUAUAAAAACUGUAUUUACUGUGUAAAUUAGCUGUUGGUAUCAAAUGACCCAACACAUGAUAUGUACUGUACAUAUAACCUCAAUGUUAUUGAAAGUAAGGUGUAAUUUGUAAUAUACUGUCAGUUUACCAGAUUUCUCUCAGUAUUUUCAAACUGCUGCAAUAAAGUAUGUACAGCUACAGGUUUUGUUUGCAGUGGAUGCUUUUAUGUACAUCAAUGUUCAUCACAGAGUUGUAAUGGCUUGGCGUAUACUGACAUAAC